GCACAGGAAGAAAUUGCUCGGCUCCGACGAGAAAUGAUGAAAAGCUGUAAGUCUCCUAAAUCAACAACUGCGCAUGCUAUCCUCCGGCGGGUGGAGACAGAAAGAGAUGUAGCCUUCACUGAUUUACGAAGAAUGACCACAGAACGAGAUAGUCUGAGAGAAAGGCUAAAGAUUGCUCAAGAGACAGCGUUUAAUGAGAAGGCUCAUUUGGAACAAAGGAUAGAGGAGCUGGAGUGCACAGUGCAUAAUCUUGAUGAUGAACGUAUGGAGCAAAUGUCAAAUAUGACUUUGAUGAAGGACACCAUAACCACUGUGGAAAAAGAAAUGAAAUCCCUAGCAAGAAAGGCAAUGGAUACUGAAAGUGAACUUGGCAGACAAAAAGCAGAGAAUAAUUCUUUGAG